AUGAAGAAAGUAAAAGAAAAAGGUUGAAACUUUCCAAUAAUGAUAAUAACGAAUUGCAAUCUUAUUGUGAUUUUGAAGUUCAAGUAUCUUUAUUAGAUCCAGAAUAUGAAAAUAAAAUUAAUGAAUUAACGCGUCUUAAUAAGCAAUUACUAUCUGAAAAUGAAAUACCAAAAACAAAGUUAGAUAGCCGAUUUGCUAAUCAAGAAGAUCAUGCUGAAAGUGCUGGUCUAUGA